CGACCCACCGUCAUACCAUUCGUUGGUCUUGGGGGGUUGUCUUCGUGUGGACCCCAUGUCUCAUAGUCUUCGUUCUAAGAUAUCGAGCUGAUAUCCAUCUUUCACUUCCUUUUCUCUUCUUUUUUUCCCUACUAUCCAUAACUAUCUCUUAAUCGAAACAAAACAUAGCCACCUUUCCCUUCUAGUGGGCAGGUCCCUUUUACUCUCUUUUCUUGCUAGAUCUCUGUCCCGAUCGUCGCUAUUCGAAUUUUUGAGUUCCUCGCUCACAGGAAAAUCCAAAAUCCACGACAGUGCUACAAGAGGGGCAGGUUCCAUACGUUCUUUACCGCUAUAGUAUACCCUUCGACCGCCGGCCGGCUAAUUCACGUUGAAAUUAUAUUUAUUCAAAUACUUAAUUAAGAGGAAGAAGUCUUGUCAACAUGGCUUGGAGAAACGUUGUUCUAGCAUCUUUGUUUGCCUCAUCGGCUCUCGCUAGUGUCGAACACGCUAUGGGAGGUAUGUUCGAACCGCGUGCGACGAGAUUGGAAACGAGAUUCGACGAACGAGAUGGCGAUGCAAUAGAGCGACGGCAGCAGACUUCGACGACAGCGGAUACGAAUAUGACACAAUGGAACACAGACACUUCAGCAGCUUGCAUGUCAGCACUAUCUCAACUUACCGCUGCGUCCAAUCCCUCAGGCACAGCGGUAUGCUAUAACUUAUUCAGUCUUGACCAAAACGCCGGUACAUUCAUGGCAGAUUUACGGCUCUUCCAAUUAUCAACACCUUUUGGGGACUUUGAAGGCAUUCCUCCACAAGAUAUCUCGGUCGGACUUCAAUACAAUGGGGCUUCAGUUUCUCCAGUCAGUCAAGGGAAUCAAACUGAGGCUCCUCCAACCAAGCGACAGAAUUCGUCGCCUACUCCUCUCCAGACAUAUAUGUUUGUGGGUCAAAUAGAUAAGGCUCAGAUGGCCCAACCCAUGACAAUGGGUGUAUUGGAGGCUUUGGUUAUGCCCACUGUCACGCUCACAGGGAAAAACCUAGCCGGUCAGCAAGUUAGUACGAACGUCUCUUCAAAUGAGGCUGCCUUUGUCAAUGGCAUCUUUUCGGAUCAAGUUGUCAUGUCGGACUUUUCACUUGCUUCAUUGGCAGUCGACGAUAUGACGAACCAAUUACACAACGGCACAGUCGCUUUCGUAUUACCCGGAGUUAAUAUUCUAAUAUUCCCGGUUGGCCUUGUCCUUGUUGGUAUUUGGUUAGUAAUUGGUCUUGGUUUCUAUGGAUUUGGUACCUACGAGCGAUACAACUACCGAGAUCAAUACAGGAGUAGAAAGGCAAGGACUGACGGCAAACCCGCUUAUUCGAGAAUAUGAUCGAUCAACUUCAUAUUCAUUGGUGUGUGAUUUGAUACAUGGUGUUUGGUGGAUGCCGUCGACUGGUGCGGAUU